ACGUGACAGAGGAUCAGGGCUGUGAGGAGCGAGGAACGGAACAGAGAGGAAUGGCAGCAAAGAAAUAUUGCAUCUAUUAGGCGCUUUUCAUCGGGAUCUCCAUGGCAACCGCGCGCGGCGCUGAGGAACGCGGUACCGGGGAGCUCGCAGCCUGAUUGGGGUGCAUUGUGUGCGCGAAGAGGCCUCUGAUUGGCCUGGAGAAAGCAGCACAACUACAUGCACUUUAUAUUCAUUCAGUUUCCUCAAGUGCUAAAACUAUUUUUGGAAGAGAGGCAGCGCUGGGAUUCUUCCAGUCUAAGACACGGUUACGAAGAUGGCAGAUGAGUGCGGUACCGCCAGUCUCUGAUGAUGAUUAUGGAUUGACGUGACGUAAAGGAUGGCGAGUGCGGACAGUGAAGUGAAGACCCUUCUCAACUUCGUCAACUUGGCCUCCAGUGAUAUCAAGGCUGCCCUGGACAAGUCCGCGCCGUGCCGGCGCUCCGUGGACCACAGGAAGUACUUGCAGAAGCAGCUGAAGCGAUUUUCGCAGAAGUGCGCGAGGAUGCCCAGGUGGCACGCGCACCGCGCGCCGGACGCGGGCGUCGCCAAGGCGCUCGAGGACAAGUCCGGCGCGUGCGCGCUGGAGCCGCUGAACCGGGACCUGCACCUCAUCCGCAGGAAGGACUCGAGCGGCUCGGACGCGCGUGCGGAGGAAAGCGCGGGAGGACUGCAGUCGCGAGGCACGCCGGAGCGCGACUCCCACGGACAGGAGCAGGUGCCCAUGAGAAAGCGGCAGCUGCCCGCGUCUUUCUGGGAGGAGCCCAGCGCUGCCAGGGGUCGGCGCGAGACGGGCCCGGGCGCGUGGAGGAAGUGUCACGCUGCGUCCUCGCUCCUGCAGCAGGAAAGGAGGAAAAGCAGCUCGGAGGAGCCCGCGAGCGACGCGGCCGUGUCCACGCAGCAGAGGCUGACACUGACAGAGACAGAGCCGCCCGUGCUGCACAUGAUGUCCUCGGGAAGCGUGAACGUGUGCGGCUGCUGUCCUUCUUUCCAGUUCCACGGACACCACGUUUUCCAAAGCCACGUAGUGCUCCCGCCGUCCGCCUUCUCUCACGUGGGACUGUGGAGCAAAGCGCGCGAGGCGGCCGACGGCGCCUCGCACGGACAGAAACGUCAGAGCCACGCGGUGCUCAAACCCAUCCCCACGAAGCCCCCGGGGCCCUCGCCCGUCUUCAGCGUCUUCGGCUUCAUUUGAGGCGAAUGAAGGGCGCGGACGGAGCGAGCAAGAACGAGCAACACGCACAAAAUGUGUCCCAGCCGUAGCACCCGCGAGUGCCGGCUGUGUGUGUGUGUGUGUGUGUGUGUGUGUGUGUGUGUGCGCGCGCAGCUGCGAAGUAUUUAUUAUUGGCUUCUCACUCCUCCCUCCAGCCGAAAGCCAGACUCUCUGCUCUCCCAACUUGCACUUACGGAGCAGAAAAGAAACGGUUGAUUGAGAACAGUAGAAACCGAGUAUUGUUUUGCAUCCUCUCACCGCCAGGGACUAGACUAACGCGGUAGUGUGAAUCCCAUAGAAAACUAACUGUAAAAGUGUAAAAGUCUAAGAUGCAGCACAUCUCAGUAGGUCAGAUACACCGAGCGCUUUACCUUCACCUCGGUGUCUCAAGGGGGGAUCCAACAGGUGACUAAGAGGAAAGGCCAAAAUUACUUGCAAGAUGUGUAGUCAUUCUGUCAGAGCAUUUCUUAAAGCAAAAAUAUGUUCCCAGUACAAUGUAAAAUAAGGAGAGGGGAAAUAAAAGUGAAGAAUUUGCUCAUAACAUAAUUAUUUUAAUUAUCUGAAACCUAAGUCAAAGCUACUACUGCAGAAAUACAAUGUAACACUGAAAUCAGGAGAGUAGUAGUUCAUUACAGUAAUUCUGUCACAUCUUUUAUUUGUAAUAUAAUACCACAAGGAGAUUCAAGCAAGUUUUUUUUUUUUUAAAUAAAUGGUAAAAAUGGUUCACAUUUU